AUGAAUGGCGAUGCGGAGCCACUCCUUCGUUUCUCAGAAGCAAAGAAGGUUUUGGGAGAAAUAUACACAGAUCUGGGAAAACACGUAGAUGAACUGGAUGAAGUAUACAAAGGUAUUGGUGCUCGUUCUGGAGGCGCCGGGGACGCUGCGGAGGCACUGGUUCCCAUCGAGCAAGCUGAAGAAAUUGGUCUCUUCCGUGAUUCCAUCAGAACUAUUAUGGAAACGUUUAGACGUGACAACAUGAAAGUCGUUUUCUUCGGAAGAACGAGCAAUGGUAAAAGUACCACGAUCAAUGCGAUGCUUCAUGCCAAAAUUCUUCCACAAGGAAUGGGUCAUACGACAUGCUGUUUCUUACAGGUACAAGGCUGUGAUGAGGAUACCGGUUAUCUUUUGCACGAAGAUGAUCCUACUCGUAUACCUAUCAGUCAGCUGAGUAAAAUUGGUCAUGCCCUGAGUAGCGACAAUUCCGAUUUACCAGCUAUGGGUCAAGAUUCGCUGCUUCGCGUGUUCUAUCCCAAAGGUCAUGGUGAAGGAGAGAAUCGUCUACUGCAAAAUGACGUGGUUAUCCUGGACAGUCCUGGUGUCGAUCUUUCUCCGGAAUUCGACAGCUGGAUCGAUAAACACUGUUUAGAUGCCGACGUGUUUGUGCUUGUGUUGAAUGCGGAGUCCACGCUCACGCAAGCGGAAAAAAGUUUCUUCUACCGCGUUGCAAAGAAGCUGAGCAAACCGAACGUAUUUAUUCUGAAUAAUCGCUGGGACGCGAGUGCAGCAGAGUCUGAGCACAUUGAUGAUGUAAAACAGCAACAUUUGACCCGGUUCCGCCAAUUUCUUGUAAAUGAGCUAGAGGUGGCAACUGACCGUGAUGUGAAGGACAGAAUUUUUUUCGUUUCUUCACGAGAGGUACUUGACUCACGUCUGAAGGCCAGAGGUUUGAUAAAGACCGCUUAUCAAGUUGAUGGUCAUCAAGUUAGAGCCAUGGAAUUUGAAAUGUUUGAAAAGCAGUUUGAGCAGUGCAUCUCAAGGUCAGCCAUUCGAACGAAAUUUGAAGCCCAUAAUCGGCGAGCAAACGAGAUAAUAUCAAAAAUGCGAGCGAAUGUCGACGUGGUUUAUUCGGCUGCAAAUCGCAACAAGGAAUUCCUGGAGAAGGAACUUCAAAACAGUACUAUUGUGUUCAAUAACUGCCGAACCAAUUUUGCGCAAUUCGAACGAGCCUACCGGGAACAAACCGAGCGUCUCAGAGCUGAAGUCCACUUGAAGGUUUCCGCAGAUUUUAGUGAAGAAAUAAUGAGGCUUGAGGCUAUCAUAGACCGCUUUAAUAUGCCAUUUAUGGACACAAAAGAAGGGAUAAUCGAAUAUAAACGGGCGUUAGCUGACUUCACUGAUAAGUGUGUCAGUUCGGACCUUGAAGCAAGAUGCACGGGUGGAUUGAUGUCGCGAAUUUGGAAUCUCGAGAAUGAUAUGUUCCAGUAUGUGACACAAAUCUUAGCCGAACCUUAUCAACAUAAACUAGAGGAAGUUUGGAGAUAUCGAGCACCGUUCAAAUUCAGCAUCUGUGUUGACGCACCUGCACUGACUAAGGAUUUCCACGAGGAUCUGGAAUUCCGUUUCACAUUCGGUUUAUCGGCUAUCAUUCGUCGCAUUAUCGCAUAUAGAUCGGGGCAGCCUGUAACAGCUAUUCAAACGAACUUGCUCACACCAUUGGCAUUGAGAAAUGCUGGUCGUAGCAAUGAAGACAUGCACGUUGAGGCCAUGCAAAAGGCUGUCGAAGAAAAUGCAAUGAUGACUCAAAUGGUGUUGACCUCAGCCAGCUACUUGGCUAACGGGAGCAUCGGUCUGCUGAUCGUUGGUGGAGUUGUGUACAGAGCUGUAGGUUGGCGGGUAAUUGCGGUAUCUGCGGCAGCAUAUGGAGGGCUGUACUUGUGGGAACGCAUGCGUUGGAAUUCUCACGCUAAAGAGCAGCAUCUCAAAGAACAAUUUCGUGCUCAUCUUGCUGCCCGCAUGCAACAAGUUGGUGCAGCUCAUACGACACAUUGUGAAACUCAAGCCAUGCGUGAAAUGGACCAAGUUUUCGAUGGUCUUCGAGCAACCGUUGCUGGCGUGCACAGGGAGAUGAAGGAGGAGCUGGACAAAAGUAAGAAAGAAAUUGAGAAAGUGGAUGGCACGCUGAAAAGCCUCCUUACAAUCAAGUUGAGGAAAGGCGGCCUUCCUUCUGCGAAGUUUGGAGCAGUUCUCCUCGACUUUCCUGCGAACGGAUUCUCCAUCACCCUAGAUAAAGCUUGUUCAAAGUUGUACAUGUACUCGGAUAAUUACCGGAUCUAUCCAAGUUGUUAUCUACGAGACGUAGUGAUCCAUAACAGCAGUGCUGGUGCUGGGAAUGAACUAAUGACAGGCUCUGCUGACGGUGUGAACGAUGAAGGCUUCGGUGAACUUGACGCUGAGGAUUUUUUCAGCUAUGACAUCGAUAUAAUAAAGGAGGAGGUUGAAUACUACAAGUCCAAGAAAGCAGCAGACGAUGAUAAGGCCGAUGAUGGUCAGUGGUUAAUUAUUCUCAUAAAGAGUUGA